AACUUGGUCAAGCGGGGCUGGCCGGCAUUGUUGAAGACCAGCACGGCGUUGAUCAUGGCUGGGCUCGCGGUAGGGUCCGUCACGACGGCGGGACGUCUGCGGAGGAGCUGCGGGGAAAUCGCUGGCGAAGCGCGCUGCGUCGCGGCCCAAGCUCAAAGUGGAAACGAGCUCUCCUCGCGGUGCCGCCAGCAUCCCGCCGACCACUUCCGUUCUAUAUCCCACCACCGACGAACACUGCCAAAUCCCGUACACUACAUCGCCAGCUAUGAAGUCGCUAUCAAGAGCCGGACAGGUCGCCCUCCGCCGGGCCGUCCGCACGCCUCUCCGCGCCCAGAUGUCCGCCAAUGGCGUCAUCGCUAGAGCUCCCGUCGCGGUGGCCAGGGCCAGCGGCGCAAGCACUGCGGUUCGCGGCUUCCACUCGUCAAUGACGCUCAAGGGCAUCAUGCCCGAGUCGGAGAACCCAGCGCCGCCCCAGAGCGAGGACUCCGAGCACCCUACCGUGCCCACGGACAUCUCCACUUCCGAGUUCCACGAGCGUGCCGACGAGUAUCUGGAAGAGCUGCUGGGUGAGCUGGAGGCGAAGCAGGAGGAGACUCCCGAUUAUGAUGUGGAGUACUCGGCGGGCGUAAUGCACGUCAAGAUCCAGUCGCGCGGCCACGAAUACGUGCUCAACAAGCAGCCGCCGAACAAGCAGAUCUGGUGGAGCUCGCCCGUGUCCGGACCGAAACGAUUCGACUGGGUGGUAAUGGGUGAGGGAUUGCAUCAGAAGGAGGGAGGCGGUGCGGGAGACUGGAUCUAUCUGCGCGACGGAACAUCUCUUAGCGACCUCGUCCGACAGGAAUUGGGCGUUGCUCUGGGCAAGGACGACAGUGCUCCGAUCUAGUUAUUCCAUGGAUGGCACAGUGUGGGAAUAUGAAGGGUUUUGUAUGCAUGGUCUGUUAUAACAGGAGCGUCAAUUUUCCAAGCUACUCCAGUCGCAAGCAUGGCGACUCUAAUUAUGGUGCAACAACUAUCUGGCGUUGAGGACUGUCGCUUUUCAUGCGACAGCACCAUGUUCUCGCAUACAGAACCAGGUUCGAAGUAUAUGCAUUGCCUUGCUCGUCAGGGAGAUAACAGGGGACCAAAGACUCCCACAGUGUCUGGUCGGACUGGCCCACG